UUGCAAGAGACCAAUUACAGACACAUCCUUUUACACACACACACACACACACACACACACUAACUAGUGUGCAGUGUGAUCAAGACCAAGAUCUACUUUCCAGAGACCUUCAGAAUCUACACCGUUGCACAAUGUCUGGAGCUAAUAGUGAUCAGCUGCAUCGGUCCACUCUGAGCAUCUAUUCACAUCUGAUGGAACAGUUUAACCCCAGCCUGCAACAACUGGUCACUUUAGGUAACAGCUAUGUCAAAGCAUUUCAAGCAUUGGCAUUGACAAGUGAGGCCUAUUUUAGUGCCCUGGCAAAGAUGGGAGAGCAGGCUCUCCACACACUCUCAUCCCGCUCACUUGGUGAUGUGUUGAUCCAGAUCUCAGAGACUCAGAGGAAGCUUACGGCAGAAGUAGAGGGAGUGUUCCACUGGUUCCACGUGGAGGUGUUGCAGGCCCUGGAUAAGAACGUCAGGCUGGAUGAGGAGUACAUAGGCGGCAGCAGGAGAGUAUAUGAGCUGGAAGUAAGAAAUCAAGCGGCGACUUUGGAAAGGCAGCUGAGACGAGGUGCAUAUAGAGACUCGCUGGAGGGCAGUGAGUACAUGCAGUAUUUGAGGCAGAGCCAGUAUGAGAUCCUGAGAGAAGAGGAAAGGAGAUAUCGCUUUCUCACUGAGAAACACUGUGGAUUAGCACAGUCGCUGUUCUUCCUCCUCAACAAGACUGGGACGUCUCUGCAACAGAAAGCUGAGGGAUGGAAGGAGCGAGUGAACGAGAGUCAGAGCUCCAUGUCACGCAUUUCAGCACCAAUAGAACAGGACACACAUCUGAGGGCUGCAGUGAGUUCUCUUCUCCAGCCUGGAGACAGGGAUGAGGCCUGGCCUGGGCAGGACCACCAGUUGGGCAGGGUGCCUUCUAGAGCCCCAUCUCCCCUCCAGACCCGCUCUAGAUCUGGCUCAGUGAGCGAGUCCCCGGGGGUGAGCGGAGGUCAAGUGGUCAGAGCGCUCGUCUCUCAUCCUGCCUCCUCAAACCCUGUUCUGCUCCCAUUCUCUCGUGGAGACACACUCACGCUGCUCGUACCCGAACCACGCAACGGCUGGAUGUACGGUCGCCAUGACGCCAGUCUCCGGCAGGGCUGGUUUCCUGCCUCGUACGUUUCUCCUGUGGAAGAUCUCUCGUCCUUAAGCUCGAGCGGCUUGUCGCUCCGAAACCACAGCAUGAACAGCCUACUGGAACCGACCAGCCAAUCGGAACCGGGCGACAGCAGAAGCUAUGCUGAAAUCCCAGCCCCGGUCCCAGCACUUCCCAGAAGCGCUAACGAUUUUCGUGCCGUCUCGCCGAUUUUCGACAGGAAGGCGGAGUCUGUGUACGAGACAAAGGCGAGUCAGGGCUACAGCGAGAUCCCAUCCCUGACGCCACCUGUCCGUAUGGCGUCAGGGGAUUUCCGUCCGGUCUCACCACUCCUUGACAGGAGGGCGGAGUCUCACUUUGAGAGCAUGACUGGUUACGCCGGUCCUGAAAGAAAGGUGGAGCCAAACGUAGAGAGAUCGAAACCUCACAGGCAGCUGCCAGAGCAUCCUCUUUUUCCCAGGGGUUCCAAUCCUUUUGCCACGGUCAAGCUCCGCCCAACAGUGACCAACGACAGAUCUGCACCAAGAAUCCACUGACCAAUAGCAUCAGGCGAAACCCAUCACUCCGAUUGGCUCUCGAGACUUCAUUAUGACCUAAUUGUUUCAGAGCGACAGUAUUUUUGGAAAUGUGCUGUAAUUCCUUUCAAAUCUACACCCCACAAAAAACACACACCCACAAAAGUUAAACAGGCAAACUUCCUUAGCAUUAAUUCUUGUACACACAUUCGCCAGGUGAAGAUAUUACAAGGAGGCGUGGCCCAUCAUUAGAAUGAAGGCUGUUUGAGUCUGACCCAAAAGAAUGUAUUUGUAUAUUUGUAAAUGUAUUUCAUUUUAGAGAAAUAGGCUUUCACUUUUUAAGAUUAGGUUCGAGUAGUGUAGAAUCUAAUGUGUUUAUACUGUGAUGUCAUGUGGGGUAUUCUCAUGCUGAGUGUUCUCCUCCGAACACAUUGAGGUGCUGUGAUUUCAAAACCCUCAGACUGCAUAUGUACGGUAGGCGGUCAUAUUACAACAUGAAAAUGUAUAUAUUAAUCUCGGUUAGUCUUUUCUUUGUGUCCUAGUAUACCGAAAUUUAUGAA